AUCGAAGCCAGAGCUGUCUCCAAACAGCCAAUCAAAAAGGAGUUAAUCUCUUCCUGAGUCCAGAGUUCCCGGGUGGAGUCGCUCAGUGUUCAGCUAGACGAGCCUGGAGCAGGAUGGAGAAAAUCCCCAUGCUGGGUCUUGGACCUGGAAGUCCUCUCCAAAUCAAGUGACUGAAGCUGUAAAGGUUGCCAUAGACCUGGGUUACCGCCACUUUGACUGUGCCUUUUUGUACCACAAUGAUACGGAGGUGGGAGAAGGUAUCCAGCAAAAGAUCAAAGAAGGCAUUGUGAAACGGGAGGACCUUUUCAUCGUCAGCAAACUCUGGAAUACCUUCCAUGAGAAGGACCUUGUGAAACUGCUUGCCAAAAUAGCCUGAAGGAUCUACAGCUGGACUACUUGGAACCUUUCCUUAUUCAUUGGCCUAUGGGUUUUAAGGCAGGAGAUGAAUGACUUACCAACGGACCAGAAUGGGAUGAUCAUUGCCAGUGAAACUGACUACUUGAACACAUGGGAGGCCAUGGAGGAUCUGUUGAGUGAGGGACUGGUGAAAGCUAUAGGGGUUUCCAACUUCAACCACGAACAAAUUGAGAGACUUUUGAACAAGCCUGGUUUACGAUACAAGCCAAUAACCAACCAGAUAGAGAGCCACCCAUUCCUCACUCAGGAGAAGCUGAUCAACUAUUGCCAUUCGAAAGGUAUCUCUGUGACAGCCUAUCGUCCACUUGGGGGCACGAGUGAGGUCUUCAAUGAACCCAUUAUUAAGAAGAUUGCAGAAAAAUACAAGAAAUCUGAAGCUCAGGUUUUGAUCCGAUUUCAGAUACAGAGAAAUGUGGCGGUAAUUCCUAAAUCUGUCACACCAAGUCGAAUAAAAGAGAACUUCCAGGUGUUUGAUUUUGAACUCAGAAAAGAAGACAUGGAUGCCCUCCUCAGCCUGAAUAGGAAUCUUCGAUUGGCUGCACUUCCUAAUGCUAAAAAUCACAAAGACUAUCCUUUCAACAUCGAAUACUGAGGAUGGUCUUGACUGGCGUUCUUGCUCUGCCCUUGCCUGCUGAGUGCAAAGACAACUAUCUUAAUCCCUAGAAAACUCCAACCCCAGAAAGUGGGUUUUUGUGAUUAUCAAAAAAAUUUAGAGAGGAGCAGCUUUGGGGGAAACAUAAAGAGUCUGAGCGUGGCCAGACCUUUCAUUUUCUUCAAAGUCUCUGGUACUAUCCAAGUGACUGAAGGCAGCAUAUUGAGGGAUCUUAGCAUACUGACCUAUAAAUCAUAGCAUAAAUAAAUAAAUAAAGCAUAAAUCACUAAUGUCAAUCCGUGUGCUAUGCUGCCUCAAUUUACUUUAUCCAGUUGAUUCACUGUGGAGAAAUGUUAAUAAAGUAAUGGUUAAGUGAAA